UUGAAUGUUGACCGCUUUGCAUUAUAUAAUCACAUCGAUAAUUCUAUAAAUAUAGUAUCGAUUAGUGAGUGCAGCGGCAAUUACAAAUGAUAUCCGUCUCGCUCGUAAAAAAAAAACAUCCAACAAUUCAGUCUCCUCUGGUUUUUCCAAGGAAUAUUAGUGUGUGAUUGUGUCUCAGAUGUUUGCGUAUGAGAACAUAAAUAUUACUAUAAUAAAAUUACAAGCUAUAAAGGCAAGAAAGUUUCCCCAGUGAGUGCAGAUAAGGUCAGGAGCAGUUGAAGACUAAAUUUCUUCGCAAUUCUAGUUUAGCGCAAAUUACCGCGUCGCGAGCAAAUUGUUGUUGCGAACAGUGAUUUUUGUACACUUGUGCGGGCAACACACACUGCGACACACUGCGAAAUGGUUUUAAAGAGAAAGUUAUUUUUCCUUCUAUUAACGUUGGUCUGUGCCAAGAGCCAAACCAUCAGCGAUUCACUCAACGCGUUUACAAUCGAUUUACUAGCGGCAACGAGUCGAGAAAAUGGAAGUCCAAGGAAUUUGGCUCUGUCACCAUAUACAGUGUGGACACUUUUAUCCAUCAUUGAUGAGGGUGCUAAAGACAACACUGCCAAACAACUGGAAACAGUUCUCAGGAUACCAGACGCUUCAGGAAAAAGUGCCUUCAGAAACAAUUUCAGAAACUUGUCAAAUAUUGUUUCGGCAAAAGAUUCCGGGGUCAACUUAGACAUCUACAACUCGAUAUUCACAAGAAAAGACCAAACACUUAAAACAGAAUACCGCGAUGUUGUCCGAACUAAUUACGACGUUAACGUUCAACCAAUCGAUUUUGACAACCAAGACGUAGCUAGUGCUACAAUAAAUAAAUACAUAGCUCAGGCUACAAAAAACAGAAUAACAAAUUUCAUAAACCCUGAUGACUUAGCAUACGCCAGCGUGUUCAUAGUCAGCGCUUUAUAUUUCAAAGGCGCGUGGAUGCAACCCUUCAACCCAAAUCAAACAAGACCUGAUACUUUCUAUGACGAGAAACAGAACAAACUGGGCGAAGUCGACAUGAUGUAUCAGAUGAAUCCCUUCGCUUAUGCCAGACUCGAGUGGAUCAGAGGGUACUCAGUGGAACUACCGUACGGAGAAGGAGACAAAAUGUCUAUGCUUUUAAUUCUACCGUACAAAGAUCAAACCGUGCAAGGUAUGCUACAGUUAAUGACUCAAGAACCCUUCAGCAAAAUCAUCAACAAGCUGGAGAAAGCAGCUAUAGAUUUUGAGGGCGACGACGUUCAAGUUUACCUACCACGUUUUAAAAUUGAGUCAGAUUUAACCCUGAAUGCUAUUUUACAGAAGAUGGGUGUAACUGACGUUUUCGACGAGGCUAAUGCCAACCUCCUCGGGAUGUUCGAGCACUUUCUCUACGUAACUCGAUUAAUUCAAAGGGCUGAAAUCGAAGUUAACGAAGAGGGCACUGUGGCGAGUGCCGCUUCUGGUGCUUCCGUAAUAAACAAAAUGCCUCCGCCCAAAUUCGUGGCGAACAGACCGUUCCUUUACUUCCUAGUGAACAAACCAACAAAAAGUAUUAUGUUUGCGGGGAAGAUGACUGUUCCAUCAAAAGUUGCUAGUUAGAAAAAAAAACUAUCAAUAAGUAAAAUAGUUUAUUAGUUUUUUAGUGUAUAAAAUAUAAAUCACAGUAUAGAAUUCAGACCACGUUCUCGAAUAUGAAACAUGUGAUUUACUUACAAAUUAUUGUAAAAUAUAUUCUUUAUAAUUU